AUGUGGUUCAAAGAAACAACGACUGAACCAAAGUUUACGGCCACCUGUAGUGUCAUGAUACACAGGGACACAGGGUCAAAGUCUGUAAUCUGCAGUGCACUAGUCGAUGAGAAGUCAAGAAUUGGAAGAAAGAAAAUAGAUCCGAAGUCACGUACGGGAGAAGAUGUCUCGAAACCGCUACGCUACACCGGCAAAGCUGACUCUCCAGCAGGGAGGCAGACACCGUGUACGCCGCUCGUCUCCAUGGAGGCAGUCGCCAGAGCAAGCAUCGCGGCAAGCUCGCACGCGCGGGUUCCCCUGUGCCGGCGCCCGCGGCCGCACCGCGCCGCGCGGUGUCUCGGGGGACGACGUUCGGUGGCCUGCGCGGCCGCCGCCGACGCCGAUGUCGUCCGCCUCUUCGAUGCCGCCAAGCUCACGGUGGACGAGUUUGUGAAGAGCGGCAUGGUGGUCGGGCUCGGCUCCGGCGCCGCGUCGGGGCUCGCUGUCCAGUACCUCGGCACGCGCCUCCGGCGAGGCUCGCUGACCGGCAUUGUCGGCAUACCCUCGUCUGUGAUCUGUGCAAGUGAGGCGGAGAAAGCAGGGAUAAAGGUCGGCAGCCACGAGGAAGGCGCCCAAAGGGCACACUCGCUGCUAUCAUCGGGCGCGGGAAAACUGAAAGCGGGCAGCCUUCUUUCAUACAAGAGAAGAUACUUUCGUUGUGCCAGUUAUAUGGUUAUCUCAUCUUCCUAUACGCAACUCUUGAUUGGUCUGGAUCCCCAGGGUAUUGUUGAAUCGGCUGACAAGGUUGCUUUUAUCAUUGACAACGACAAAUAUGUGAAUGGCAUCGAGGGAUCCAUUCCAGUUUUGGUCAAAAGUGUUUGGAGGAGGCCAUCAAUUGGAACUGCCGGUCCAUCAGGAGGCGACUUCCCACUGGUAACCAAAGAGGGCCAUCACAUACUUGAUGUUAUCUUCACAACCCCAAUCCAGGAUCUUGGAAAGGUAGCAGAAGGCUUGGAGAAAAUCGUUGGCGUUGUGGACCAUGGGAUAAUUUGCAACACUACGCCGUAUGCCGUAAUUGCGUCGAAAGGGGAAGUUCAGGAUCAAGAUAACCUCGGCAGGUUUUCAGACCCAAAGGUUGCACAUGAGGAUCGCCGGUUCGUUCAAUUCUUGGACAGGAUGCUGGACGCCACAAGAAAUCCCCAGAGCCUUGCGCAGAUACGGCGUGAGAAGCUUCCAAAUGAUCUGAAAAUAUUGGAUGAUGAGAUAUGA